GUGAAGUCGAUUCCCAAGAACAUUGGCAGAAGAAAGACUUUUAGGAGCGGAGAAUUCUUUGGUAACGAAAUCAUAUUUUAUACAAAGGUUGUCCCCAAGAUUGAAAAAUUCUUAGCGGAGAAAGGACAAAGCAAUCUACUGUCUAUACCACGUUACUUGGCUUCUUACAUGGACGGUGAGAAUGAUUUCAUAGUCUUGGAGGACGUCUCUCCCCUGGGAUUUGGGCCUGCGUCCAGACAAAGCUGCCUGGACUGGGCGGAGUGCACCGUGAUCUUGAAAACCUUGGCGAAAUUUCACGCUAUUUCAUUUGCGUACAAGGACCAAAAGAAAGAGGAGUUCGCAGAAAUUGCAAGCUACUUGAAAGAAACCUACUUUAGCAGUGAACACUGGAACUGGUACCAAAAAUUCCAUAAAAAGCUGACGGAUAUAGCUAAACAUGCGUUAAAGAUGGAAUAUCCCAACAGUAAAGCCGAGAAGCAAUUCAAUUCCUAUGAAUUUGGUUCGCUCUAUCACAAAUGCUCAGAAUUAAUUGAGAGGAAAGAUGCUCCGACGUCUAUUAUAACCGCGGGUGAUUGUUGGGCUCCGAAUUUUCUAGUCCGAGACGCCGGGCGAAAUAAAAAAGAAGCACUAAUACUGGACUUUCAACUCGCGCGUUGCGCUAAUCCUAUCGCGGAUCUAUCGUUUUUAAUUUAUUCUUGCACUCAGAAGCCAUUUCGAGAUCAGUAUUAUGAUGAUAUAUUGAAAAUUUAUCAUUCCGAAUUGAGCAGCGCCAUUAAAUCUCUUGGAUCCGAACCAGAAAAGAUUUAUCCGUGGGAUUUAUUUAUGAGAGAGG